CCUUUCAGUCUAUGUGACGCGUCAGUUGUUCGAUAGAUUCUUGCCUAACCAAAUAUUUUAUUUGAUUGCAAAAAUGGGGCGGUGUAUUUAUUGUGGAAAGACAAAGGCGAAAAAUGAGGAUGUAUCUUUUCAUCGAUUCCCUAAGGAUGAAAAGUUGGUAAAGUUAUGGGUGAAAAAUAUGGGAAAAAACAAUUGGAUGCCUAAGGAGUGGCAUAUGCUCUGUGCACAACACUUUUCCAAAGAGUUAAUUGAUUUUCGAGACUACAGAGCGAGAUUGCGAAAGGGUUCUAUUCCAACGAUUUUCCACCCCGAUAAAGAGGACUCAUCAUUAUCGUCCGAUGUGGCACUUAUGGUUCACGUAAAUAAACAUAUAGAACUUGAUGACAAUCCGACAGAACCAGGAUCAAAGAUGAGUUCUCUGUCAGUGCAUCAUACUCCUCUCGAUGUGCAAAUGACAUCAACGCUAGAAACGAAGACUGAUUCACAUUCUACAUCGGCAAUGCAAAUCAACGAUCAACCUCAAGGAACAUCUGUGGAUGUCAUCUUGCAUGACCAUACAUAUGCAGAGUAUGGAGAUAUUGUCCAGCGUAAGCUGGAAUAUAUGCGUGUCAAAGUAGAUAAGCUGAUGAGGGACAAGAGAAUACUCUCCCAGAAGAGCAGCCGGUAUAGGGAGCGGAUAAAAAAUUUCGAAGAAAUUGUGGCUACAUUGCAUAAAGCUCUAGAUAUUCAAGCUGAUGACAUGCAGCCUUGAUGGUUUCAGUAAUAACACUGCGGCGCUUUUCAAAUGCAUACAUGGGAAUGUAAAAAUGGGCAAACGGUGAAAGGAGAAAUAUUCUCCGCAAUCAGGGUAUCUACCUGGAAAUUUCAACAAAAUUCCCUGACUUUGCCCUGUCAAAGAGUUUUCAACAAUCUACUCUCUAGAAACUUCAGAGAGUAGAAAAUUGCCCCCACCAAGCAUCCUAUCCGAGCUAUCUACUCUCUAAAAAAAUGUGAAAAGUUGCGUUCAUUUUAUGAGUCAGAAAAUAUAAGGGGCAAAAGUUCGACGUCUCACCAUUUCUUAGGUUCCGCAAUUUUAAGGGUCAGAACAUGAAGGAUCUAUGAAGGGCCCACAUUUUAAGAAUCAGUAUGUAUGAAUCAGGAAAUAUAAGGUUCAGAAGAUUUGUGGACCAAUACAUUCGAAGGUCAAAAGAUCUGAGGUCCGGGAGUUAUAAGGGACGGACAACAUAAUGGUCAGGAAGAUUAAAGGAUUGAAAUUUUUGAGGGCCAACAACUAUAACGGCCAGGAAAUCCUUCGCUUCAGCUAUUCACUCUCUGAAAGCACUAAAGAGUAGAGAAUUGACCGGAAUGAGUUAGCUUGAUGAGCCAUGUAACAUCCGAACAAUAUGAAAACAAUCAAUGUUUCAUUUUUUGCACUGUUUCGGUAAAAAACGUUUAAAGCUAUGAGACCAAAUUGUACCCAGUAAAACUGGAGUGAAUGCAUGCUUCACUCUUUCCACUUCGUUUAGUCCUGUUCAUCCUAUUACGGAAACUCUACAUGAUUUGACCGGAAUACACUAAGUGGAAAUUAUCAAACUGUUCACAACAGCUUUUACAAAACUUCGAUUACACGCUCGUGCUAAAACUCAAACUAUUAAACAAUUAGAAGACAAAACAACCAUACGCCUAAAAUUGGGUAGGCUUGUCAUACUCAGACUCAGAUUUCUAAAAAUUGUUGUUAUCUAAUUGAAAGUAGCCAAUGACGUGAUAAAGAUUUAUGGAGUUUAUGUAUGGAAAGAGAAGUGCAUUUCAUUGGCUAUUAUUCAUAGUCUCAACCUGUAAAGAGUAUUGAACAUUGUUUGUUGUUUAUCCAUUAAUUUUUUUUAUCAUUUUACAUCGCUUCGACCGGGUUAGGGUAUAUUGCGAUGAUGAUCAAGACUUUA